AUGAGUGACGAAACAAACGGUACCCCGGAGCGUUUCGCUAUCGGUAUCUCUUUUGGCAACACCUCCAGUUCUAUUGCCCGCAUCAACCCUGAGGGCAAGCCGGAGGUUAUCGCCAACGAGGAAGGAGAUCGUCAAAUUCCUUCCGUCCUUUCAUACAUUGAUGGUGAAGAGUACCACGGUACUCAAGCCAAGGCCCAGCUGGUCCGCAACUCCCAGAACACUGUCGCAUACUUCAGAGAUUACCUUGGCAAGGACUUCAAGUCGAUAGACGCCACACCAUGCCAUAACUCGGCGCAUCCUCAGCCUCACGAGUCUACCGUUGCUUUCUCCAUUGUGGACUCCACCAACGAGACCCCCAGCACUGUCACCGUCUCCGAGAUUGCCACCCGCCAUCUCCGUCGUUUGAAGCAGUCCGCCUCUGACUACCUGGGCAAGGAAGUCAAUGCCGCCGUUAUCACUGUCCCUACUGACUUCUCCGACGCUCAGCGUGAGGCUUUGACCGCCUCCGCUAAGGCUGCUGGCCUUGAGGUCCUGCAGCUCAUCCAUGAGCCUGUUGCCGCUGCCCUGGCAUAUGAUGCCAGGCCCGAGGCUACUGUUACUGAUAAGCUUGUUGUCGUCGCCGACCUUGGUGGUACCCGAUCCGACGCUGCUGUUCUCGCUUGCCGUGGUGGCAUGUACUCUAUCCUCGCAACCGCUCAUGACUACGAGCUGGGUGGAGCUUCAUUGGACAAGAUCAUCAUCGACCACUUCGCUAAGGAAUUCAUCAAGAAGCACAAGACUGAUC